AUGAUCCCCAAAAGGAAAAUUGAUUGGAAAAACAACGCAUUGGAUAUACUCCUCGGUGCCCUAUCCUUCUCGUUACAGCUUCGAACAACUCAGCUGUCCUUGUUCAGCUCAGCACAUCGCCAGAAUCGUGUUGUCGUGAACGCGCGAUGUCGUCUCAACUACAGGGAAUUGGUUCGCUGGGCCCGAUCUCGAGAACGUGAUGAAACUAGUGAGACUGAUAGUUCGUAUGAAAGCAUUGACCCCUAUCUGCCGCAGUUCUGUUCCGUCCGCUUGGGAGGCUCCCCGCAUCAUGCUUCUGGUGAAAACGAAACAGCCACUGAUCACGAGUCCCAGGACGGGGCGGAAAAGUGGACUAUGAACAAUAUGUUGCAUAAAUGUGCCUCUCUGAUCACUUCACUUGGGUCUAACAACCCCAAAGACCAUCCGUCAGGCAACGCGGCGGCCGCUGGCGACCAAGUAUCCGAUGGUGGCUGUGCGAAUACUGCGGUCAACGACAGCAUGAACUCAAGCAAUCCACCCGAUACUGGAGCUCGUAAUAGUUCCACUCGAAAGUCUCGUUCAGCAUCCAAGGGAGUAGGAGAAAGUGAAAUUGAUGCAAUACGUCUUCGUGAAUCUCACUUACCUCCUCUUCGUCCCGGGUCCUGGGCACCUGUCGCAAUUUAUACUACCUACACCACUUACGAUGUGCGAUGGCAAGAUGGUACCUUUGAACAGAACAUCCCGUGUCAGGACUUGCUUCCGGUUUAUUUCAAUAUCGAUGAGCAUGAUUUCUUCCCCGGGUCACGAUUGAUCCCAAUGGGUCCUCCAGAGGAAGCCGGUGUGUACGAAUUGGUUGCUCUGGUCGAUCGCCAAUUAGGAUACGGGGACGUCCUGCUGAUGCACACCCCAAAUGAUCCGUUACAUGCUGAUUUACCAGCCGGCUAUCUGGAAGAUAUCAUUCCUGAAACGUGCAAACUCGUGAUCCGGUGGAUUGAUGGGCUGACUACCGAAGUUACACGAUCCGAAUGUCUGUUCCCAUUGGAUGCUCUCAUGGAUGAUGAUGAUUGGUCUGAUGAUGACUCAGACGAGUUCGAGUCGGACGAUCUGAGCACCGAGUCAGACAGCGAAUGGAGCACUGUGUCCAGUGAGGUCUCAUUCGCGUCUUCCACUUCGAACAAGGAUCGGGACGACUUGUUGACUGCAGAUCGUCCAGCGGAUCGUACACAGCUUACUCAUGACGUAGGACUGAAUGUUGAACUGGAUGAGGCGGAAUCGCACGAAGCUGCGAUGAAACAAGCCGCAAUGAACGUAGUCCUUGCGUAUCAGCGUACAGAGGCCGCUCGACGUUUGUUGGUCGACCGACGCACGUUCGUUUUUUGGAUUCUGCGCCGUUUUGUUGUCGUUCCGGAUGAGCUGGAUACAGUUGUAGAUCAGUUGGGUACCCUGUUAGCCGCCGCCGCGGUUGCACCGACCCUCGAUGAUCAGGAUAAUGUGGGUUCCACAGACCCGAAUCGCUGUGCCUCAUCGUCCGUUCUAUCUGGUUCGGAGCAAGUGUCGCCAGUCGAAACGGAUUCGGGCAAUAAGCUUCCAUUUGCCGGUCGUUUGCUGCAACCGGCCAGAGCAUGGGACUACGCGGAGGAGACGGAAGCAAUCCAGAUUGUGGAGAAAUUGCUUUCCAUUCGGGAACUGAUGCGGUCGGCGUACCAGUUGGUGCAUGAUUGUCGAAUUAAGCGUAUGUAUACGAAGUGCGAUCAUCGCGAGCUAUUCUCCGAAAAGCACGUUGAAGGUGUCCUCAAGUCGAUCGAGAUCAGCGGCGGCACGGCUAUGCAAGCUGAGCUCUCCACUGCGUCCACUUUGGAUGCUCUUGGAGCAGCGAUGACGUAUACAAAUCCCUCGGACGCCACCGAAACGUCGGCACCAGAUGUGUCCAUCUCCUCNUCUCCUCAGACCCUGGCCAUGUUAGCUCUGGUGCUGAUUGUUCCUAACUCCACGCAACCCUUUACAACAUCUGUUGAUAAUUGGCGAGAUCGUAUUCACUACUCGUUGGUUAAAUCCGAGUCAGAGGACGGAACAGUGACUGCCUAUAUGCUGGUCAGUGCUAAUCUAUUCGAUCAGUUGACGCACUAUUUGACGAUGGUGCAUCGCCGCCUGCUGGAACAAUUGGCGGAUUUCGAGGCUUGUGCAUUGGCUUGGCUAGGUGAAUGUGCCCCGGAUUUGGUUGCGAAAGCAAAGUCUCUUUCAAGUCCUGAUGAAAGCGAUGACACCAAUACGGUUAAUAUCGAACUUACUAAAGACUCUGAGGACGCGCAACAAUCGCAAGAGCCAAUUCUCACGUCGCCGAAGGAUACGAAGGAGGCGAAUCAGACGACUGUUAAGGAGACAGCAUCCGGUGAACCCGUAUCGAACGCGGAUGCUGUUGCUUCCACAGCUCGACCAACAGCUGUUACUGAAGCGAAUGCCUGUGCACGCAGUUACUCCGUGCCAUCGGUAGAUGAAAUCCCCGCUCAAUAUCGUGGCCAAUUCAUCAUGGAGGAAACUGCGCCGAGUACACAUCGGUUCUAUCGCUCGCAACCAAAUAAUCUUCCCAAACCGUUCUACAAAGCGUGGAAACGAGAUAACACUCUUCUGUCAACCAGUUUACCUCGUGGAAUCAUAGUCAAAGCAUUCGAGGACCGUAUUGACCUCUAUUCGCUGAUGAUUGUCGGUUCGGCUGGCACACCAUACGAAUACGGUUUGUUCUUGUUCGACGUCCAGCUUCCCGCUCAGUACCCAUCCGUUCCGCCUCAGGUCCAUUACUACUCGUUUGGCAGUGAACGUGUCAAUCCCAACCUAUACGUGAAGGGCCACGUUUGUCUAUCACUGUUGGGCACAUGGGCCGGGAAAGAUUCGGAGAAUUGGAGCGAGGAGAACUCAAAUCUGUUGCAAUUGGUCGUUUCACUUCAAGGAUUGAUUUUAAAUUCCGAGCCCUACUUCAAUGAGGCCGGAUUCGAGGCAUGUCGUGGAAAUCCCGAAUCCCACGAGCGCAGUCGUAUGUACAACGAAUCCGUGGUAGCUACUCUCGUCCAAUCUAUGGUCCAGCUGUUACAAAAUCCUGAACCCGUGUUCCGUAAAGAAAUUAUCCAGCAUUGUAUCACAAAUGCACACUCGUAUGGGGAACUUUUGGAGUUUUGGUCUAGUCUUGAUGAGGACGAAUUCAAUCGUCUUCAAAAUCUACAACCGUCAUCCAAUUCAGAUUCAGCUGCGUUGCAAACUAAGCAAAACAUUUUACCGGAAUUUCCUCUAGCCCCAGUUUCCAAAGGAUUUCAGGUGUCGGUUCGUCGACAUCGCCUCACAUUCCUCAGCUUGGUGGAAGCCUCGAAGCUUAAUGAACCGGGUUGA